UUUUUAAAGUUUACAUUAUUAUCACAUUUCUUUGCAGAAUUAUUUGCAAUGAAGACAAUCAACACGCUCCAGAUCAUAUUCGUCCUGACCUGUUUAAUCUCUCUGUCAAAUCCUAUGGCAAUAGGAAAAGGUCAUCAAAAAGAACUAUCUUCCAAUACUUUUCUACGACAAUUUUCCUUUGGUAAGAGAAGCAAUAAUGGACUCAUUAUUUUUAAGUAUUCCAUAGUGGGAUUGGUGUUCCUUGUAUAAUUAAAUUUUGCCUAUCAUUGCAUAAAAAUAACUUCAUCUUCCGAAUUUUACCCAGCUUCUUCUUACGAGUUUUGACACAUAGAGCGCUGUAGUCUAAGUUUCUUUGACUUUUCGUUGUGAAGCCUCAAGUUUAUACUUUGCUGGCUCAGUUUCUCUCGCUUUGUAACAUACUUCAGUAAAAAAGGUGGACAAUUUUGUCAUUUCUCUGCUUUUCAGAUGAUACCGAACAAAAACGAUUACUGCCAUGUGAAGACGUCGGAGACCCAUAUCACUGCUUUUAUUUAGCUGUGGUUGAAGAUAAUUGCGAUCGGCAUGGUGGUAACCUGUGUAGUUAUUCUUGCGGGCUGUGUUAA